UUGGAACAACAACUCUUCAAGAGGACAGCUCAAUCGCUAAAUAGACACCCCUUCAAUUUACCCUUCAUUCGCUUCCAUUCCUUCCCCUUCCCCAUUUCUAUAUGCAAGCAAAUGCCCCCGCGCACCCUCCUCCUCACCCUUGACGCGUUCCACACCCUGUUCCACCCCCGCCUCCCCGUCCCCAUUCAGUACGCCCAAGUCGCCCAGUCCCUCCACUUCCCCCCGCAUUUUAGUAGAAAUAACCUCCCCAUAGCAGACCUCGCAGCAAAAAUCUCAACCGCCUUCCGCGCCGUCUAUAAGCACGAGAGCGCCUCGAGACCAAACUUUGGGCGCAAUGUUGCCGGCUUUAGCGGGCCCACGGAGUGGUGGGGUAAUGUGAUUCGGGAGUGUUUUAGGAGGGUUGCGAGGGAGGAUUGUGCGGUAGCUGGCCAGGAUGCGGCUGAGUCUGAAGUUGAAGUUGAGGUUCCGGAGGAGUUGGUUCAGAAGUUGCUGAAACGGUUUGAGAGCCGAGAAGGAUACCUGUUGUACCCGGAUGUGGAGGAGUUUGUGGCUAGGAUGAGACGGUGGAGGGCGCAAAGGCGGUUGCAUAGGUCCAGUUACGGCGCUCCUCAGGACUUUGAGAGGAUUGUUGUAGGCGUAAUUUCGAACUCUGAUGAUCGGAGUGCAAAUAUCUUGACCAGUUUGGGAGUACGCGUUGGGUCGCUGGGGUGGACUACUCAUGCUGCCAGGACUGUUACUACCACCGAAGAAACUAACUUGGAUGGAGGAGAUACACCGGCUGAUAUCGAUUUUAUCGUUACUAGCUAUGAGGCUGGAGAGGAGAAGCCUCAUCGAAAGAUUUUUGAUUUUGCUAAAGAGAGGGCAAAGAAGUGCAUUGAGAGUGAUGGAUCUUUAUUGCCCAAAGAUACAGAUUGGACCUGUAUACAUAUUGGAGAUCAUUAUGAAAACGAUUACGAAGGGGCUAUCAAUGCUGGUUGGGAUAGCUUUCUCCUUCCUAGAGAUGGGGAUGGGCCCGGCCUAUCGGAAUAUCGGCAUGGGUCUUCACCAUCAGUAAAGCAUCUACAAGCCUUAACUGACAUAUUUCCAAAGCUGGGCAUUGAUACAUAAGAUACUAGAGGUGGGAAAAGAUGAUGCAAUCUUCAUAUUAUGGUCCUGUUGUAAUACAUGGGUGGAAAGCAUUCACUCUACUCGCUUACACACUAUGCAUACGAAUCGAGGGACAACUGAGAAGGAUAUCAAGAAUCAUCAGCAGCCCGAGAUACGACCUUCAGCGUAUCCAAAGCAAUAUUGCUUGCCCAUUUAACGAUCCUCUUUUCCUUCUUUGACGCCACAAUAUCCGUCUUCGCAACAACCUUGCGAAUAAAGUAAAUUAGGCGCGGGACAAUCUGCGGCGUCUCCCGGGUUCUCAUGAACACAUCCGCCAGUGCCUUUUCGUCAAAUUCUUCUCCAUCCGCUUCCUUAGAACCUGACGGCGCUUGUUCAUUCCUCCGCAGUUUCCUUAACCUCUUCUGCUGCGUCUGUACCAUAACAGUCACAAGCAGCAACUCAACGAACGUCUUCGUCUUCGGCUGCAGGUACGCAAAGUCCAAGACCUUGAGGAUGCCCAACGUAAGCGCACCAUCCGCAACCAUGCUACCGAACAUUUUCGCCAGAUUCACAAUAGCUUUGCUGGUCACAGCAUUAUCGCUGUUUUCAUCGAUAUCGGCAUCGAAAUCCUCCUCGUCCAUAUCACCCUUCUCACCCAUACGCUUAAACACAUCCCAUAACGAGAACAUGAACGCCAUCUUCAUUCUCCGCUCCCCGCAGAGCUUCCGCGCUAUAAGCGUGUAAUACGGAUUAUGUGCUUCUUCCUCCAUCGCGCAAUGCAGGACAACGCGGGGGAUCUCUCCCUCCUGGUUGCGUUUUAAUCGUAGCUUUGCAAGCCGGACAUGGGCAUCACGACAAUCGGCCGCGGACAUGAUUGCCACAAAUAUGGAUCGCCGAACGUCAGUAUUCAUGCGAUGGGCUCUGGCUAGCUGUGCGAGAUCGACUUCAUUACCACCGAUGUCAUCGGCCAGCGUGUCAGGCAGAGCUGCAGCAGCAUCGAUAACAACCGGCGCAGAUUGGUUGGUUGGAUCGUCGUCGUUUUUCCAACUUGCACCCACUAGCCACCAUUUCCCCUUCUUGGUGGAGUUGUGGAUAUCUGUGCGGCCGAUGCGGAUGGGCUCGCUGGCACGGAUGGUGCGCGAGUUGUUGAGCGAUCCGAGGAUUUUUCUCAUGCGUGUGAUGUGCUCGGAUGAGAUGGCGGAUGCCGUGGCUCCAGUUUUCAUUCUGUUGUUUUUCAGGUCUGUCAUUGUUUCGAUCAUGAAUUUCGUGCGGACGGAUAAGGCGGCCUCGCCGAUUUGGGAGACUGCGGGUUGGAUCAGGAGGAUUAUGUCUUUGAGAGAGGACGGGUCGUCUUGUCGGAGUUGGGGCCCGGAAUCUAAAAAUGUUUAAAUUAGUAAAUGCAACUUGAAUGUUUAAACCAGCGCGUUGUAAAUAGUACUUACUUCUAAUCAUUUUCAGAAGUAGCUCCGUAUUCACUUCAUUUAUUUCCUUCAGGAAGAGGCGGAUAUAGUCGAAAAUCAAGCUACAUCCGAUAACAUGGAAGUUAUAAAGAUGCGACAAUAAGGAAAUCGCAUUAACCAUCUGUUUACUGAGCCCGCCAUCCUUCCCUUCAUAAUCCUCAUCAAACUUUUUAACGAUCCGUUCUAUAAACUCCGCCCCAAAGUCCA